AGUCAUCCGAUUCUGAUAAGUUAACGUGUAGAAUAAAGUUGAUAGUGUUAUGUAUUACUAAGAUAAUUUGGUUAAGGGUUAUAUGGGUGUGUACCAUUGGAGGAGGGACAGGCAAAGGGACUGUAGAUAACUAAAGUGAAAAAGAGCUGAUGCAUUCAGAGCUUUUGUUGCUAAAGGUGAGAUCAGUUACCUGCCUGCAACUGAAAUUUCAAACUUCUGUUUAGCAGGGACAUGAGUGCAAAAUGGUGACUGAUAGCUGGGGAUAUUAGCAGACCUCUUAAGUUUUAUGCUCAACUAAAGGAGCAAUGAAUCAGGAGAAUAAGUCAUGUUUUUUUCGGCUCCUUGUGAUUUUUACUUUUUUACCUAAAAGUACACCAUCGUUUUUAAUUGAUGCCUAUGUGACUGCGACUUACUACAAUGAAACUAGCAACUACACCACAACAGAGACAUGUGAAUGUGGCGUUUAUGGAUUAGCUUCACCAGUGGCUAAGGCUGUGGGGGUGGUGGGCAUCCCUAAGAACAACAACUACCAAGCUUGUGACUACAACACUGAGUUUACUAAUACUAAGAAGCCCUGGAUUGCGCUGAUAGAAAGAGGUAAUUGUACAUUUUCAGAAAAAAUUCAAACAGCAGGCAGAAGAAAUGCGGAUGCUGUUGUGAUUUACAAUGCUCCAGAGACUGGCAACCAGACAAUACAAAUGGCAAAUUUUGGUGCAGGAGACAUUGUUGCAAUCAUGAUUGGAAAUCUGAAAGGAACAAAAAUUCUACAAUCUAUUCAAAAAGGCAUACAAGUAACAAUGGUCAUCGAAGUGGGAAAAAAACAUGGCCCUUGGGUGAAUCACUAUUCAAUUUUCUUUGUUUCUGUAUCCUUUUUUAUUAUUACGGCAGCAACUGUGGGAUAUUUUAUCUUUUAUUCUGCUCGAAGAUUACGGAAUGCAAGGGCUCAAAGCAGGAAACAGAGACAAUUAAAAGCAGAUGCCAAAAAAGCUAUUGGAAGGCUUCAGCUGCGCACACUGAAACAAGGAGACAAGGAAAUUGGCCCUGAUGGAGAUAGUUGUGCUGUGUGUAUUGAGCUAUAUAAACCAAAUGAUUUGGUACGCAUCUUAACCUGCAACCAUAUUUUCCAUAAGACAUGUGUUGACCCAUGGCUGUUAGAACAUAGGACUUGCCCCAUGUGCAAAUGUGACAUUCUCAAAGCUUUGGGAAUUGAGGUGGAUGUUGAAGAUGGGUCAGUGUCUUUGCAAGUCCCUGUAUCCAGUGAUGCAUCCAAUAGUGCUUCUGCCCAUGAAGAGGAUAGUCGCAGUGAGACUGCAUCAUCUGGAUACGCUUCAGUACAGGGAGCAGAUGAACCGCCUCUAGAGGAACACAUGCAAUCAGCAAAUGAAAAUCUACAGCUGGUAAACCAUGAAGCAAAUUUUGUAGCAGUGGAUGUUGUUCCUCAUGUUGACAACCCAACCUUUGAAGAAGAUGAAACUCCUGAUCAAGAAACUGCUGUUCAAGAAAUUAAAUCAUAAAAUCUGUGUUAAUAGAAAAUUUGAAAUUUAGUAAUGACAGGACUGCCAAUCAAGGCUUAGUUUACUAUUAAUAAACUGGGUAAACUUAAUAAAAUAAAAAUGAUACUGAAAGUGCUGAGAUGACUAAUAUUACACUGUAGUUAAAUGGCUUAUUUAACCUGUUAACAUUUUUCCAUUUUUCAUAGGCAAACUUCCUCUGAAUAGUGAUAGCAACAUUUUUAAACAUUCAAGACUGUCUUCAAGUAGUCAUGUUUUUUAUUUAUAACAAUUUUCUUAUAAAAAACAGGUUGCUUUUAAAAUGUGGAAUAGCUAUAAUCAUUUUAUUUUAUGAUAGUAUCUUAAUUAAAGAUAAUACUACUUUAGCUUGGGCUAUCUGUGUCAGGGUUUUUCUCCAGGUGCUUAUAUUGAUCUGGAAUGUUAAUGUAAAAAGCAAUGCAAACUUAGACUAGUUCUUCAUAAAAUGUCUAUUUAAACUACAUUAAGUUGAUAGAACAAGAUUAAAGCAAAAUAUUUAAAUGUUUUCUUUUUUAAAUUAGGCUAAAUGUAUUUCAUGUGUCAAGCAUAGUUCAUCAGAGAAUAUAGACUGAAUCGACUGAUUAAUAUAUUAGUGACACCAAUUUGACAGAAGAUUAUAGACAAAAAGCUUUCUUACAAAAAUAUUGUAUAACUAUUUCUCAAACUUGUGAGAUUUUCAAAAGCACAGUAUAUAAACUACCAUACUAUUUGAAAAUGAUAAUGACAAAGUCAUACAAAAAUUGCUAAUUGAUCUUUGUGCAUGAAUUAGUCUAAAGAAAAUGUUCCGUAGAAUUAGUCUAUAGAUAAUGUUUUCCAAACAAUGUUGACUUUGAAAAUUAAGUUUACAUUUGGCCUAUAUGGGCUAAAAUUACAUUAAGCUAAAAUUCUGUCCAUGGAGCUAUAAUUUUGUGAAUGUAUUUUUUGGUGUUUGAAAAAGAAAUAGGGGUGGGAAUUCCAGGUGCCUUAAUAUAAAGUUUGAAGCUUCAUCCACCAAAGUUAAAUAGAGCUAUUUAAAAAUGCACUUUAUUUGUAUUCUGUGUGGCUUGUCUUUUAGUUUAGUUUAUUUCCAGUGCAAAUUCCAGCAGAAUUUAGACAAAAAUAGAACAGACAUGUAUUUUUUUUUUGCUGAAUGUAGAAUGGGUGAAACCAUUGCAUUCUUAUACACUGAUUUGAAAUGCUGUAAGUAUGACCCAAUUUGUAUUGAUUCUCUUUAAAUAUAAAAUGUAAAUAAAAUAUUCCGAUAAAA